AUGCCGUGCCGGAGGCAGGAGGAAGAGGAAGCCGGUGAGGAAGCGGAGGGGGAGGAGGAGGAAGAGGACGACAGCUUCCUCCUGCUGGAGCAGUCGGUGACGCUGGGCGGAUCGGGCGAAGUGGACCGACUGGUGGCUCAGAUCGGCGAGGCGCUGCAACUCGACGCCGCGCAGGACAGCCCGGCCUCCCCGUGCGCGCCCCCGGGGCCGCCACUGCAGACCCCGCGGCCCCCAGCGGCGGUGCCAGCGGACAAGGCCCGGCCUCCGGCCCUGCCUCUGCUUCUGCCGCCCGCACCGGUAUCAGCCGAGGCCGCGGGCCCGGGAGCCCUGCGCUGCACACUUGGGGACCGCGGCCGCGUGCGAGGUCGCGCUGCGCCCUACCGCGUGGCGGAGCUCGCCGCCGGCCCCAGCGCGCUGCCUGGGCCGUGCCGACGAGGGUGGCUUCGGGGCGCCGCCUCCUCCCGCCGCCUGCAGCAGCGACGCUGGUCCCAGUCUGGGACACACGCCGGCGACGACGACCCUCACGAUGACCGGCUCCUGCAGCAGCUUGUGCUCUCGGGGAACCUCAUCAAAGAGGCCGUGCGGAGGCUCCAGCGAGCUGUCGCUGCGGCCGCCGCUGUUGCAGCUACAGGCCCCACGGGCGCCCCGGGGCCCGGAGGCAGCCUCAGCCGACCGGAUCCCUUCGCCUUGCAGGCCUCAGGCGCCCUGCAUUGA